AUGUCACUGGUGCCUCCACACCCCGCUGCUUAUGGGCCUCCACCGCCUCGCGCUUCUGCUGCUCCCUUCGUACCUCCUCCCCCUCCGGGAUAUGGGCAAAGCGGCUCGCCAUAUGUGGCCUCAUCGUCGGUAGGCCCGCGGAAACGACUGAUCGCAACAUGCGACGGAACAUGGCUCGAUGCGGACAGUGGCCUCAGGAAUGGUCACCGACAACCUCCUUCGAACGUGUCGCACUUUGGCUGGGCUGUAAAGGACACAUCUUCUGACGGCAUACCACAAGUGGUCCAUUACCAAGCUGGAGUCGGCACAUCGGGUGGCAUACUCAGUCGAGUCGUAGGAGGGACAACAGGAGAAGGGCUGGAGGAAAAUGUACGCGAAACGUAUUCCUUCCUGGCAAUCAACUACCGCGAGGGUGACGAGAUUUUCCUCCUGGGCUUCAGUAGAGGGGCGUGGACGGCGAGAAGUGUUGCUGGAAUGAUUGGUGCGCUUGGUCUGCUGACCAGGCAGGGUCUGCCCAUGUUUCCAGAAAUAUACAUGGAUUUCGAGCGCAGAUCAGACCUCAAAUACAUACCUCGCUGGCCGGAUGUACCAUUCCCAGACAAGCCAUCCUUCGACGACCCCGCAUAUGUCGCAGAGCUUCAGCGUAGAGGGUUGACGAGGACGAAUAUUCCAAUCAAGGCCGUUGGAGUGUGGGACACUGUGGGAAGUUUGGGCAUUCCGGUCCCCCUCCCUGGUAUUUUCGGAAGACUGGGAAAUGGAAGACUGUCGAAAGAGUACAGCUUUUACGACACAUCACUGCAGGAGUGUAUCGAAAAUGCAUUUCAAGCUCUUGCGCUUGACGAGGAGCGAGCCCCUUUCGCGCCAGCGCUGUGGGAGAAACCGAGAAGAUCCACGACAAAUCUCAAGCAAGUUUGGUUCCCUGGCGUGCAUUCAAAUGUGGGAGGUGGGUACGAUGAUGCAGAUCUUGCAAACAUUACACUCGCGUGGAUGAUGUCGAGGAUGGAACCAUUCAUUGACUUCCGGCCAGACUACAUGAUGCAGCUUUACCAAAAGAACAAACAGCACUACCGGGCUAGUGGACAGAGGUCGAGACAAUGGUCGUUUGGUGAGAUUCCUGACAGCAUGAUGGGCAUUUACGCUCUUGCUGGGAAGCGGACAAGGACGCCUGGCAAUUACUUUCGAACCGACCCACACAACGGCAGAACGACAUCGAAACGGCUGAAGAACACGAACGAGUAUAUACAUGCCUCGGUGAGAUCACGAGUAGGAUUAGGCGGCCCUGGCGUGCAGGAUAGGGGAAGAUACGAUUGUAAAGCCUUGAAAGACUGGAGUUUCGAGCUUGACCCUCAGAGCGCUGACGCUAAAGAGCCCAUGGUUGUGUGGAAGAACAUGUCAGGCCGGAAGGAGGGCCAGAUGGUUAUUCCAGAAGCUGCGUUGCUUGAGACCGAAAGACGACUGCUAGAAAUGAGUUCUAAGGUCGAGGAUUACGUUUUGGAUAUGAGAGAACCACGAAAGUCACGAAGCAGACGAUGA